AUGCCUCCCAAAAUGACCAAGCAGCCCGCGCGGCCCACCCGAUACUUUGCGCGACCAUACGAUGUAAACGAGCCCGCCUCAGACGAAGAAUCCGAAUCGGAAGAAGAGGCACCAGCACCAGCGAAAGCACCUCCUCCAAAAGUCACCUCUUUCCCAAAGAUAUCAGCACCCUCACAAACUCUCCCCAAGGCGCCCGAAGCAAGCAAACAAGACGACCUAGAAGGCUUCGAAACCGCCUCAGAGUCCUCCGACGAAGAGGACGGCGAUAAUGGCAGUGAUGAUGAUGAAGGCAGCUCAGAAGAGGAAGAAAGCUCAGACGACGAGCCCAAACGACCGAUGCUAGCGCCUAAAUUCAUCUCCAAAGCAAAACGAGCCCAGCAAGAAUCUACUCGGUCAGUCGAUGAUCAAGCUGCAGAGAUGGAGCGCAUACGGAAAGAAAAGGCCGAUGAGAUGCUGCAGAUGCAGAUGGAACGCGACGCAGCCGCGCGAAAAGCAGGGAAGAAGAACUGGGACGACGAUGAUGUUCCUGACAUGGACGAUGUAGACGAUACAGACGGUCUCGAUCCCGAAGCAGAGCACGCGGCGUGGAAGUUGAGGGAACUGAAGCGCAUGAGGCGGGAUCGUCAAGCACUCAUCGCACAAGAGAAGGAGCGCGAAGAGAUCGAGAGGAGACGAAACAUGACAGCAGAAGAACGCGAAGCCGAAGACCGGGAAUACCUCGCCGCGCAAGCCGAGGAGAAGGAAGGCAAGGGCAAGAUGCAAUACAUGCAGAAAUACUUCCACAAGGGCGCCUUCUUCAACAACGACGAAGAACAAGAUGAGGAAGUCAAAGCAGCGCUCAACCGCGACCUGGCCGGCUAUCGUCUGCAGGACGAGGCGGCGGAUAAGGGUGUGCUGCCGGAGUACAUGAGGAUACGGGAUAGCACGAAACUGGGCAAGAGCGGGAGGAGCAAGUACAAGGAUCUCAAGAGUGAGGAUACGGGUACUUGGGGACGGUUUGAGGGGAAGAAGAGGGAGUUUGAUGGGUUGGAUGAGAGGUUUCGACCGGAUGAAGGAGGAGGGCCGGAGAGUACUGGGGCAAAUUCGGCGCCUAUUGGCGAGCGGAGGCCGAGGGAUGGAGGGGAUGAGAAGAGGGUGCGGCGUGAUUGA